ACGUGCAUUUUUCUUAUUCCUCUUCCUCAUCCUCCGCUUCUUCCCCUUCUUCUUCUUCUUUUCCUUGCGUUUCCCCUCCCGUUCUCUCCCCUCCCUCCUCAUCUAUUAUCCCUCUAUCGUGAGGGUACGAGAGAAAGCAGAGAUGCUGGCGGCCGCAACCGUUCCCCGAAUGGAAGGGGCGGUAGGCCGGUAUAAUCGACUGGGAAAGCUGGUCGGAAGUUUCUCAUUCUUUGUAUUAUUCGUGCUGUGCGUCCCAUCUCCUCCUCUUUUCCCGUGCACUGGCUAAAGACAAAGAGGUGCAUAACAGCUGCGCGACCCAACUCUUCUCAAUCGCCACGACCAUCGUGAGAGCGAUCUACACCACCGACCUGCAUACCCUCCUCCUCAACUUCCCGCUCUCGAGAUCCGCCUACCCGACAAGCCUGACGCGGGACAUCCUGCCCAAGCCGAUCCACAGCCACAACGACUACUGGCGCCGCGUUCCCGUCUACACCGCGAUCGGUUAUGGGUGCAUUUCGAUAGAAGCGGAUGUAUGGGAGUACGGGGGCGAGCUCUUCAUAGGCCAUGACAUUGCAAGCCUGACGAGGAACCGGACCUUCAAAAGCCUCUACGUGAAUCCGCUACGGGAAAUGCUGGAUUCGCAAAACCCGGACACGGAGUUCACCCGCCCCCGAAAGGGCCAUGGCGAGGGGCCGGACGAACCGGUGGGUGGAAGAAACGGCAUCUGGGACGUCGACCCCGGUCAGACGACACACCUGUUUGUCGACUUCAAGACCCCCGGGCAUAAUACCCUGCCCGUCGUUAUUGCGCACCUGGAGGCGCUGCGAACCCCGGUCAACUACCUCACGCACUUUAACGGUACGCACGUGGUGCAAGGACAGGUCACUGUGCAUCUCACCGGUGACGCGCCCUUCGACUCCAUUGUCGCUAACUCCUCCUACCGCGACUACUUUUACGACGCCCCGCUGCGCGACCUGUCCUCUGGCCGCUACACCCCCGACAAGACAAUCAUCGCAUCCGGACAGUUUGGGCGGGACGUUGGUAGCGUCAUAUGGGGACGGGGAAUGACGAAGGAGCAGAAGCGUAUUGUGCGCGGGCAUAUUGAAGAGGCGCAUAGGAGGGGCAUCAUGGUGCGCUAUUGGGAUACUCCUGGCUGGCCAAUUAGCGUUCGGAAUGCGGUUUGGGGUGUGCUUGUGCAGGAGGGGGUGGAUUUGUUGAAUGCAGAUGAUUUAAAGGUGUGUCCUUUCUUUCAUUUCUCUCUUUCUCUCUUUCUUGGGAGGGGGCUGAUUGGGGUAGGCGGCGUCAUAUCUAGAUUGGUAAUGGUAUAAAUGGCAGGCGGGUGAGGGGAAUUUAAUGAAAAUUUAA